AUGGAAACAAGCCGAGCCAUGGUACUGGGACGUAGUCGAUCUUCAAAACGAGAUAGCUUGGCUCUGUAUGUAUCACCAGGAUCGUCUUUUUCCCGGAAUGUUUAUUCCAUUCAGAGGCCUUCGAUUGCUCAUGCACUAAACCAGGCUUCCAGAUCUCAGGCUUCUGUUGGCCCAUCAAAGUUGGUUAACAUUUAUUUUUUUCUUGCUGCUCAUGCCAACUGA